AUGAAAUCAUCGUCGUCCUCUACUGUGAAGAACAAACUCGCUGCUGCAUGGCAAAAUGAAAAAGAGGAAUAUUCAUCACCAUCCGAAGAGGAAGAAACGACAAUGAAUGAUGAUGAUUUUGAUUUUAACGAAGAGGAAGAUGAAAAUAUUCCAUCUGAAAGUGUUUUAGAUGGAAAAAUUACAAAAAAACAUAAUAUUGAUUCCGAUGAUGAGGAUGAUGAGGAUGAUGACACAGACUCGGAUGAAAAUCAUUACGAUCCACUCGCAAAAACAAAUGCUAAAAAACAAAAAGAUGAAGAAUCCGAGGAAUCCGAAGACUCUGAAGAAUCUGACAAUGACAUGAGUACAGUGAGAGAUUUAAUUAAAAAGGCUUCUUCAACUCAAUCUGCAACACAGGAUGAUGACGAUGAUAUUCAAUUAAGCGAUUUAAUUUCAUCCACUCAACACGGAACGGAUACAAGGUUAAAUGCAGAAAAAACUCAAAAAGAAUUGAAGAAUAUUGAAGAGUUGAAGAAAAUUGACAAACAAUACAAAAAAGGAGCUGGACUGUUCUAUGCGCUUGAAGACACAGAAAUUCAAAAUGAAGAGAGAAGAGCUGCUUUUGAUAUUGUAGAUGAAGGAAUGGAAAAAUGGCAUUCCAUCGUUGAAACAGUUGAGAAUUCAAGACAUGUUCCUCUAAUUUACAAACAUUUGCGAGACAAAACAGAAAAGGAAAAAAUUUUGGAAAAGGGAAUCAAAGGAAGUGGAGUAUUUGACGAUGCAUCAGAGAUUGAGAUGAUUAAAUCAUUUGAAGCCACCAAAAAACAGUUAUCUAACAUGGACAAAGAGUCUCUACUUGCAAGACAUAAAGAAAUUUUGGAAAAGAGAGCGCAGAUGGAAAAACUAGCAAAAAAGAACAAAUGGCUCAAGAAUAUUAAGAGCAAGACAUAUAGAAAAAUUUUAAAAAAGCAAAAAGAGAAGCAACAAGAAUUGAUAGAAGAAGAACAAAUGAAGAAUAUGGAUGAGGAAGAAUUAAAACAGAAAAUUUUGAAGAGAGAACGAGAAAUGAUCACUGAGAGAUUAACCAUGAGACACAAAAAUACGUCCAAGUGGGUAAGACAUGCCAUGAAGCAUCAAGUUCACAAUACAGGCCUUAGAGAAGCUAUUGCAGACCAAUUGAAGGUCCACUCUGAUCUCAUGAAAAAACAAACAAGGAAAGAAAAUGAAGAUGAUAGCGAUGAUGAAGAUGAAAUGGUUGAACAAAUGUUCCAAAACGAUAGACAAUCGAAUCCAUUUGAAACAAUGAGACAGGUUGUCACUGAGGAAGAAGGAGAAAAGAAAGGUCUUUAUGGAAUGAAAUUUAUGAAAAAAGCUGAAGAGAAAAGGAAACAGGAACAAUUAGACCUAAUUAACCAAAUGGAGAAGGAUGUUAGUAGUCACAUUGGCAAUGUCUCUUCCACUCAAGAAGACGAAGAACAACCCUCGGGAAGAAUGCAAUUUGAAAAAGAUAACAAUAAUAAGAAAACUAAUUCUCGAGCAAUGCAUGAAGACUUGGACUCUUCAUCAUCUGGGGAUGAAAAUAUUGAGACAAAAUUUGAUAAGAAUACGAUCGUAAUUCCAAAGGCCACUGUAAAAGUUUCAUCACAGGCUGUAACUGAAAAGACCAAUUCCACGGAAACACCACAAUCAAGCAUUCCAGCACAAACUCCAAGUGUUGAAAAUUCUGUGCUCAAUACAACCAAGAUCACAUCCAAAUCCUUUGGAUCUGCAUCCGAAACAUCUAGUGCACCAGAAAAGAGCCAACAAGUCACAGUGACGAGUAUUUCAAUGAAACGAAAACGUUCAACCAAAGAAAACCCAUGGCUGAAUAAGGGAGGAAAAACAAAGAGUAGAGACAGUGAUACACUAGCGGAUGAAGUCUCCAAAAAAAAGAAGAAGAUGAAUAAGGAUGUUGCCUCAAAAAUUUUGAUCAGCACUGAUGAGUCCAAAUUGAGCAUUGAAACCAAUGAAACUUUGAUUGAUGAAAAUACACAUGUUGAAUCCACAACGGAUGUCACCAAGUCAAGCAAAAAGAAUAGAGAACAAUUAGAAUUUGAAAAGAAAGUGAAACAAGAAGCAUUUGCAGGUGAUGACUUGGAGCUUCAGUUCGCUGAAGAUAAGAAAAAAGCAAUCAAUGAAGAGAUUGACAUGCCUGAUUUUUCAACCACCUUUAAACCUGGUUGGGGUUCAUGGGCUGGUUUUGGUCGUGAAGAACAAGUUAAAAAAGACUUGGAAAAGAAACAACGCCAAAUUGCAAGAAUUCAAAAGAAGAUUAGAGACGAACAGAUUGAACAACGUGCUGAUACUCAACUUCAUCAUGUAAUUAUUCGAGAGACAGCUAAGGUUCCAGACAAAUUCCUCAUUCCAGUGUCGAAUCAAGUUGAAGCUGCUGUGGUGGAUAGUGCAUUUGCUCAUCCUUUGGGUCUUGAAUGGAAUACUUUGAAAGGCCACAAGACACAAAUUGCACCUCGUGUUAAUUUACAAAGUGGACAUAUUGCUAAGGCUCUUGACUAUGAGACAAUGCAAAUCAAGAGUACCAAAGCAAACACUCAAGAUCCUUUACUUGAUGUUAAAAAAGCUGCCAAACUAGAGUCUGCUAAGGAACAACGGUAUCAAAAGCUUAAGGAAAGGUUAAAGGACGAUUAUGAAGCAGUCAAAUCUAAAAGACAAGAAGAACGAGAAAAACUGGACAAAGAAAAAGAAGAAAGCAGAAAACGGUACAUGGCUCGAUGGGAAAAAGACUUGGAUGAAGAAUAA